AGCUGCGCACGCGCACUUCCUCCCAUGGUAUUAAAUGGUGUCGUAAGUUCCGCGGUUCUGCUGGGUGAUAGAUUUUUCACGUUUUUGCUUCACCAAGACUGCAUUGUUUCAUCAUGUAAUUAUAUGUACCUUUUCUCACACUGCUUGGAAAACACAUCCAGAAAACGGAGUACACACAGUACAGUGCGGCAGUGAGGGCCAUGGGGACAUCAAGGGUCGGCAGCGACCCUCCUGCCUCCAGCCUCUCGCUGGAUGCAGUCCCUAUUGAUGCGAACAUUAUCCAUGUUCAGUCAAUCCAGCAACAGCCCAUGGUUGCCCUCUCCGAGCUGCAGGACACUGAACACCUCAAGGCGAUGGGACUUGGAGACACGCUCAUUAUUUUAGGAGAUACCACGGCUGCAACCCAGCAGUGUAUGCCCGGUGACACUGCCAACCUAGUCCUGUGCCUGCCCGAAGACACUGUAGCCUUGGAGGUGACCUCCGCAGAUGCAUGCGCUGCCUCUGGGCCUUGGGUUCAAGCCUGGGUCCAAGAACCUGCCAUGGAAGCCUACACGCUAUCCACGCUCGAAAAGCCCCCUACAGAAGGUGAAAUGGCAAUCUCUACCGCAGGAGAGAUGCUGCUCGUGGUGGACCCGACGGAGGACAGUGUGGGAUUGGCGGCGAAGAGCUGGUUCAACGACUCAGUGAUUGCGACGCAAGCUUUGCUCAACUUAGAGGCACACAAAUAGGGACUGUGGAAACUGAUGUUGCAUGCACCAGCGAGUAAUGUUAUCCUGUGUGCUCUAGUUUAGUUACACACGUUCCUUUCUCCUUUUUUUUUCUUUUUUCUUUUUUCUUUCUUUCUCUUUCUCCUGAGCUCAUGAUAGACACAGAUGUGAGAUUUAAGUUGGUUAGAAGAAACUUGUGAUGGGGGCAUAGUUCAUUUUUGUGGACUCAAGCUAACUUUUUCUUUUUGAGGAAAAUGAAAGGGGAAGCUGAUCGUUUGCUUUUGUUGCUUUCCUACGAGUGUGUCGUAGUGUCACGGAGAGGCUGUGAAGUUUAGGGGCACAUGGUCACCGUGGCGCGCACUUGCAAUGAAAUUUGUAGAAAGCUGUGUAAACGUGUCUCACCUUGACGGCACCUCGUCGCUCACAACUAUGUCUGCUUGAUUGUAUCGGUGUAUAGUUGCGGGAUGUACGCCCUCGGCCGUAGGAUGAAUUGGUGCUUGUUUUGCGACGUUUUUGACGAUCAGUUUCUGCUGGGCGAUCGUGCGAGCCGUUAAAUCGAACCUUUCUACGUAUGAUUUUUAGGGUUGCCAAACUCGGGAUGUCGUCGUGAGUUUGAUAGCGUUAACAUUUGUGUGUGUAUAGUAGAGUACUACUUUAUUUACUUCUGUUGUCGUGAAAGACGUUUUUCGUACUUGGGGCAUGCUCAGCUGUGCCAAUGAUUAGUCGAACCUGCGUGCAUAGCAGAGAAAGGGGAUGAACUACGGUGUAAAGACACUGAUCAGUUUUGCGUAUAUCCGAGUACGUAUACUAGUUCGGCAUCGUCGGCAUGUUCUCCAGGUGAUGAGAGGGCCUUCAUUGAAUAGAUAUAUGCAAUUACUGCUGGCGGAGAGAACUUGAGCUGGAAACAGUCACACUUUUGGGCAAGAGCGACCAUCUUGGUAUGAUUCAGAAUAGGAAUACUUCGAUGUUGUGUUUUUGAGAGAGUAUAUUGGAGAGUCAGAGAUACAAAAGCAGGUUUUGUUUCUUUCGUGACUGCUCAGUGUAAAUAAGAGCAAGAUGUAGUCAGGGACACCUGUACAUAUGUAUUUUUUCUCAGAAUAAAAUGUUUGCUUGCA